AAAGAUAGCGAUUCAGCACGGGACGAUGACAUCAUACUCUUAAAAUCCCGAGGGCGCGGUCAUGACGUCACUCUGAAAUAAAGCGCCCCGGAGCAGAGAGUUACACCCCCUGCACCUCCGAUGGUUGACCCGUUUACCAAUUAAGGUUCUGGUGGUGGAGAGAGAGAGUCGGCGGUAGAAAAGAGUCACUGAGCCGAGGAGCUAUCUCUUUCUGUCUUGUGUCCCUCACCAGAACUUCUGUUACACACUUGUUCUCCACAGGACUGUGUGUGGGGAGGGAGGUCCCGGCGCGCACACACACACACACACACACACACACACUUUACACUCUUUACACAAAUCCAAGAGGGUUGUUCCCCGCACCGACAGAGGACCGAACGCGCACACGUCCGGACAGCAGCUGCAGCACAGACUCAAGUCAGUGUGAUCCAGAGUGGGAGCGGCCACCUAACUCCACCCAGCGCACACGCCAGCGAACCCGGAGACAGCCGACACCAUAAAAAUGAGUGGUUCCCACCCCCGGCUCCACCAGAGCGCCGCGCCCGCUCCCAACACUCUCUCCUCGGAAAAGGACGCUGAAAUGCCCGCCACAGAGAAGGACCUGGCCGAGGACGCGCCGUGGAAGAAGAUCCAGCAGAACACUUUCACACGUUGGUGCAACGAACACCUGAAAUGCGUCAACAAGCGGAUCGGAAACUUGCAGACAGACCUGAGCGAUGGGCUCCGGCUCAUCGGGCUGUUGGAGGUUCUGUCCCAGAAGAAGAUGUUCAGAAAGUACAACCAGAGGCCCACCUUCCGCCAGAUGCAGCUGGAGAACGUGUCGGUGGCGCUGGAGUUCCUGGACAAAGAGAACAUCAAGCUGGUGUCCAUAGACUCUAAAGCCAUUGUCGAUGGUAACCUGAAGCUGAUCCUGGGUCUGAUCUGGACCUUGAUUCUGCACUAUUCCAUCUCCAUGCCAAUGUGGGAUGAGGAGGAGGAGGCUGACGAUGGCAGGCAGAAGACCCCGAAGCAGAGGCUGCUUGGCUGGAUUCAGAACAAACUGCCAGAGCUUCCCAUUACCAACUUCAACCGGGACUGGCAGACCGGUCGUGCACUGGGCGCUCUGGUCGACAGCUGCGCACCAGGUCUUUGUCCUGACUGGGACCAGUGGGAUCAGACCAAACCUGUUGACAAUGCACGUGAAGCCAUGCAGCAGGCUGACGACUGGCUGGGUAUCCCUCAGGUGAUUACCCCUGAGGAGAUCGUCGACCCCAACGUGGAUGAACACUCAGUCAUGACGUACCUGUCCCAGUUCCCGAAAGCUAAACUGAAGCCAGGUGCACCCUUGAGACCCAAACUCAACCCCAAGAAAGCCCGGGCCUACGGACCAGGUGUGGAGCCAGUUGGUAAUGUGGUGAUGAAGAAGGCCGUGUUCACUGUGGAGACCAUCAGUGCUGGUAUGGGCGAGGUCCUAGUGUAUGUUGAGGACCCUGCAGGCCACAGAGAGGAGGCCAAAGUCACUGCCAAUAACGACAAGAACCGCACCUACUCUGUGUUCUACAUUCCUAAAGUCACAGGCAUGCACAAGGUGACUGUGUUGUUUGCCGGCCAGCACAUCUCUAAAAGCCCUUUUGAGGUGGAGAUCGGAAUGGCCCAGGGAGACUCCAGCAAGGCCACGGCACAGGGACCCGGUCUGGAGCCAGCUGGUAACAUUGCCAACAAGACCACCUACUUUGAGGUCUACACAGCAGGUGCUGGUGUCGGCGAGGUGGAGGUGGUGAUCAUGGACCCGGCUGGUAAGAAGAACACAGUGCCGUGCACCAUUGAGGACAAGGGCAACAGCAGCUACCGUUGCACCUACAAGCCCACUCAGGAGGGACAGCAUAUCAUCUACAUCACAUUCGCUGGUGGUCAGAUCAGCAAGAGCCCUUUCACAGUCAACGUAGGAGAAGCAUGUAACCCAGGUCUCUGCUACGCCAAGGGUCGUGGUCUGCAGCAGAGGGGUCUGAGAGUGAAGGAGACUGCAGACUUCAGAGUCUAUACCAAGGGAGCCGGCACAGGGGAGCUGAAGGUCACCAUCAAGGGACCCAAGGGUCUUGAAGAGCCUUGCAAAAGGAAAGACUUGGGAGAUGGUGUGUAUGGGUUUGAGUAUUAUCCUACAACACCUGGCACCUACAGCAUCACCAUCACCUGGGGAGGACAGCACAUUCAGUGCAGUCCGGUGGAGGUCAAGAUCGGCCCAGAGGCAGGUCCGCAGAAGGUUCGGGCCUGGGGUCCAGGCUUGGAGGGCGGCGUGGUUGGUAAAUCUGCUGACUUUGUCGUGGAAGCGGUCGGGGAAAACAUUGGCACGCUGGGCUUUUCUGUGGAAGGCCCGUCUCAGGCAAAGAUCGAAUGUGAUGACAAGGGUGAUGGGUCCUGUCACGUGCGCUACUGGCCCACUGAGGCUGGGGAGUAUGCGGUGCACGUGCUCUGUAACGGCGAAGACAUCCAGCAUUCCCCCUUCAUGGCGGAGAUCGUUCCCCCGCCCGGCAAGGACUUCUAUCCAGAGAAGGUGAAGGCUUACGGUCCUGGUCUUCAGAGCAGUGGUCUGGCUGUUGGGAAUUUGGCAGAGUUCACUGUGGAUGCCAAGCAAGGCGGGAAGGGUGCAUUGAAAAUAGUUGCUCAGGACGGGGAAGGAAAUCCUGUAGAUGUCCAGGUGAAGGAUAAUGGCAACGGCACCUACACCUGCUCCUAUACACCACGCAAACCUUUGAAGCACACUGUGAUGGUGUCCUGGGGCGGAGUCAACAUCCCCGACAGUCCCUUCAGAAUCGAUAUUGGUGCCGGCUGUCAUCCAAAUAAAGUUAAGGUAUCUGGACCUGGAGUGACCAAGACUGGACUCAAAGCAUUUGAGCCAACCUACUUCACCGUGGACUGUUCAGAGGCUGGACAAGGUGACAUCAGUAUUGGGAUCAAGUGCGCACCCGGUGUGGUGGGACCUGCAGAGGCUGACAUCGACUUUGACAUCAUCAGGAACGAUAAUGACACGUUUACAGUCAAAUACACUCCUCCUGGCGCGGGCAGCUACACCAUCAUGGUUUUGUUUGCUGACCAAGCCAUUCCCAUGACCCCUAUCCGAGUCAAGGUUGAUCCUUCGCACGAUGCCAGCAAAGUUAAAGCAGAGGGUCCCGGACUGAGCCGAAGUGGUGUGGAGCUCAACAAGCCCACGCAUUUCACUGUGACCACUAAAGGGGCAGGCAAGGCAAACCUGGACUGUAACUUCAGCGGUCCCACCAAAGCAGAGGCUGUCAAGGACUUCGAAAUCAUCAACAACCAUGACAACACGCACACAGUGAAAUACACACCUGUGCAGCAGGGUCCUCUGGGAGUAGCUGUGACCUAUGGCGGAGAUCAUAUUCCCAAGAGCCCCUUCAAUGUCGGUGUGGCCCCCACUGUGGACCUCAGCAAGAUCAAUGUGACCGGCCUGGGAGACAAGAUGACAGUCGGCAAAGAUCAGGAAGUCACCGUCAAGUCAAAGGGGGCAGGAGGUCAAGGCAAAAUUGCAGCGAAGGUCACAGCACCAACGGGCAAGCCUGUGGCCAGCAAGGUUGAGCCCGGCUUGAGCCCAGAAACCAGCCAGGUGAAGUUUAUCCCUCGGGAGGCUGGGCCAUAUCAGGUGGAACUGACCUAUGAUGGAAUUCCAAUCCCUGGCUCUCCAUUCAAACCGACAGCUUAUCCUGCCUCUGACCCGUCCAAGGUGCGCUGCUCCGGUCCAGGCUUGGAGCGGGCCAAGGUUGGAGAGACUGGGGAGUUCAUUGUGGACUGCACAAACGCGGGCCCCGCUGAACUGACCAUUGAGAUCAUCUCUGACAGCGGCACUGAGGCCGAGGUUCACAUCCAGGACAAUGGAGAUGGAACCUACACCAUCACAUACAUCCCUCUCUACCCUGGCUCUUACACACUCACCAUCCGCUAUGGCGGACAGGAUGUUCCCAACUUCCCUGCUCGCCUCACCGUGGAGCCUGCUGUUGAUGCGAGCGGGGUGCGUGUAUUCGGACCAGGAGUGGAGGGAGCAGAUGUGUUCCGUGAGGCGACUACAGACUUCACAGUGGAUGCCCGUGCUCUCACACAGUCAGGGGGUGACCACAUCAAAACCCUCAUCAGCAACCCAUCUGGCAGCCACACUGACGCCCUCAUCACUGACCUCGGAGAUGGAACCUACAGCGUAGAGUACACCCCCUAUGAGGAGGGUCCACACAGCGUUGAGGUUUGCUACGACGGCUCCCCAGUCCCCAAAAGUCCAUUCAGAGUUGCCGUUACUGAAGGCUGUGACCCAGCCCGGGUUCGUGUGCACGGCCCAGGCCUGAAAGGUGGCAUCACUAACAAGCCCAACAAGUUCACUGUGGAGACUCGUGGAGCGGGUACUGGUGGUCUCGGUCUGGCAAUGGAGGGUCCAUCAGAGGCCAAAAUGUCCUGCACGGACAACAAAGAUGGCAGCUGUAGUGUGGAGUAUGUCCCUUAUGAGCCAGGCACGUACAACCUGAACGUCACCUAUGGAGGCCAGCCCAUCAAAGGCAGCCCCUUCUCUGUGCCAGUCAGUGACACUGUGGACAGCUCUAAAGUCAAAUGCCAGGGUCCAGGACUCGGCAACAAUGUCAGAGCUAACAUUCCUCAGGAGUUCACUGUGGACGCCUCCAAAGCAGGAGUUGCCCCGAUGCAGGUCCGUGUGCAAGGACCCAAAGGUGUGGUGGAGCCAGCGGAGAUCAUUGAUAACGGCGAUCAAACUCACACAGUCAGUUACGUCCCAACCAGAGAGGGUCCAUACUCUAUUAACGUGCUGUACGCUGACGAGGAGAUCCCACGCAGCCCUUACAAAGUGAAGGUGCUCCCAACCCAUGAUGCCAGUAAAGUGCGUGCCAGUGGCCCCGGCCUUAACACCACAGGAGUGCCGGCGUCUCUGCCUGUUGAGUUCACUAUUGAUGCCAAAGAUGCCGGGGAGGGGCUUCUGGCUGUGCAGAUCACUGACCCAGAGGGGAAACCUAAGAAGGCCAACAUUCGUGACAACCAUGAUGGCACCUACCUGGUGUCCUACGUGCCUGACAUGACUGGCAGAUACACCAUAUUGAUCAAAUACGGAGGGGAUGAGAUCCCAUAUUCACCGUACCGAAUCAGGGCUCUGCCCACUGGAGAUGCCAGCAAGUGCACAGUGACAGUCUCAAUCGGCGGUCACGGUUUAGGGGCAGGUGUUGGUCCGACCAUCCAAAUCGGUGAACAGACCGUCAUCACCGUGGAUGCGAAGGCGGCUGGGAAGGGCAAAGUCACAUGCAGCGUCUGCACACCUGAGGGAGCAGAGCUGGACGUGGACGUUGUGGAGAAUGAGGACGGCACAUUUGACAUCUUCUACACGGCGCCGCAGCCUGGCGAGUAUGUCAUUUGUGUGCGCUUUGGAGGCGAGCACAUUCCCAACAGCCCCUUCCAAGUCACGGCGCUGGAAGGAGCCCCAUCAGACCAGCUCAUCCAGCAAAGCCAAUUGCCCCAGUACUACAGCCAUCAGCCCUGGGCGACAGACCGAGCCAUGGGGAUGAACGGUCUGGACGUAGCCGGGCUUAGACCAUUUGACCUGGUCAUCCCGUUCACCAUUCAGAAGGGCGAGAUCACAGGUGAGGUUAGAAUGCCUUCAGGAAAGGUGGCCAAACCGGACAUCACCGACAACAAGGAUGGCACGGUCACCGUCAAGUACGCGCCCACUGAGGCUGGUCUCCAUGAGAUGGACAUUAAAUACGAUGGCAUCCACAUCCCUGGAAGUCCACUGCAGUUCUUCGUGGACUACAUGAACAGUGGGAAUGUCAGCGCCUACGGUCCUGGACUCAUCCACGGGACUGUCAACAAGCCAGCUGUCUUCACAGUCAACACCAAAGACGCUGGAGAAGGUGGUCUGUCCUUGGCCAUCGAGGGUCCCUCCAAAGCUGACAUCAGCUGUGUGGACAACCAAGACGGAACCUGCACUGUGUCCUAUCUGCCUGUGCUGCCUGGAGACUACAGCAUCCUGGUGAAGUACAACGACAAGCACAUCCCUGGCAGCCCCUUCUCUGCACGGAUCACUGGUGAUGACUCCAUGAGGAUGUCCCACCUAAAGGUGGGCUCUGCUGUAGACAUUCCUCUGGACAUUGGAGAGCUGGAUGUCAGCCAGCUGACCGCCUCCCUCACCACGCCGUCAGGCCGGGAGGAGCCCUGCUUGCUGAAGGUGCUUCGUAACGGACAAGUCGGUAUUUCAUUCGUUCCAAAGGAGAUCGGGGAGUACCUGGUGAACAUCAAGAAGAACGGCCGCCACAUCCCCAGCAGCCCCAUUUCUGUCAUGAUCAAUCAGUCAGAGAUCUGUGACGCCAGUCGCGUGCGUGUCAGCGGCCAGGGCCUGAGAGAGGCCCGCACCUUUGUGCCCGCAGAGUUCAUCAUCGACUCGAGAGAAGCAGGCUAUGGAGGUUUGAGCCUGUCCAUCGAGGGACCCAGCAAGGUGGACAUCAACACUGAAGACCAGGAGGAUGGUACCUGCAAGGUCACCUACUGUCCCACUGAACCAGGGAACUACAUCAUCAACGUCAAGUUCGCCGACCAGCAUGUUCCUGGAAGUGCAUUCACUGUCAAAGUCACCGGUGAGGGGAGGAUGAAGGAGAGCAUCACCAGGAAGAGGAGAGCAGCAUCGGUGGCUAAUGUUGGCAGCCAGUGUGACCUCAGUCUGAAGAUUCCUGAGAUCAGCAUAGCCGACAUGACGGCUCAGGUGACCAGCCCCUCCGGUCAGGUCCACAAGGCCGACAUCAUGGAAGGCGAGAACAACACCUACUGUAUCCGUUUCGUCCCCACCGAGACCGGCGUGCACACGGUGUGCGUGAAAUACAGUGGGAUGCACGUUCCUGGAAGUCCAUUCCAGUUCACGGUCGGUCCUCUUGGGGAAGGCGGAGCGCACAAGGUCCGGGCGGGCGGUCCCGGAUUGGAGCGAGCUGAGGCAGGAGUUCCAGCCGAGUUCAGUAUCUGGACCAGAGAAGCAGGUGCUGGGGGGCUCAGUAUUGCUGUGGAGGGUCCAAGCAAGGCCGAAAUCGCCUUUGAGGACCGCAAGGAUGGUUCCAGCGGCGUCUCCUACAUCGUCCAGGAGCCAGGGGACUACGAGGUCUCUAUCCGCUUCAACGACGAGCACAUCCCCGACAGCCCCUUCGUGGUUCCCGUGGCUUCACCCUCAGACGACGCCCGGCGCCUCACUGUUGCCAGUCUUCAGGAGUCGGGCUUGAAGGUCAACCAUCCUGCGUCGUUUGCUGUCAGCCUCAACGGGGCCAAAGGUAUGAUCGAUGCAAAGGUCCACAGUCCUUCUGGAGCGCUGGAAGAGUGUUGCGUAACUGAGAUCGAUAAAGACAAGUACGCUGUCCGCUUCAUACCGAGAGAGAACGGCCUCUACCUUAUUGAUGUGAAGUUUAACGGAAGCCACAUCCCUGGAAGUCCUUUCAAGAUCCGGGUUGGAGAGACCAACCAGUCGGGAGACCCUGGAAUGGUGUCUGCUUAUGGUUCGGGGCUGGAGGGAGGCACCACAGGAACUGCGUGCGAGUUUGUCAUCAACACCAGCAAAGCUGGUGCUGGGGCUUUGACGGUGACCAUCGACGGCCCCUCUAAAGUGACCAUGGACUGUGUGGAGUGUCCAGAAGGCUACAAAGUCACUUACACGCCAAUGGCUCCUGGCAACUAUCUCAUCUCCAUCAAAUAUGGAGGCCCGUUCCACAUCGUUGGAAGCCCCUUCAAGGCCAAGAUCACAGGUUCCAAGCUGGUGUCCAGCCACAGUAUGCAUGAGACCUCCUCUGUCAUGGUGGACCCGGUGACACGGGCCAUCUGUUGCUCGCAGCAGGCGCUUCCUGCGCAGUCAGACGCCAGUAAGGUGGUGGCCAAAGGCCUGGGCCUGAGCAAGGGCUUCGUCGGACAGAAGAAUAACUUCAGCGUGGACUGCAGUAAAGCAGGUCGUAACAUGCUGCUGGUGGGUGUGGACGGCCCCAAGGUCCCGUGUGAGGAGAUCCUGGUCAAACAUCUGGGCAACCGCAUGUACAACGUCAGCUACCAGCUCAAAGAGAAGGGAGAGUACAUCCUGGUGGUCAAAUGGGGGGACGAUCACAUACCCGGAAGCCCCUACCACAUCACUGUCUGAAGCCCCUCACCAACCCGCUCCUGUCUUAAGCCACAUACAUACACCCCACUGUUAACUAGAGCGAGAAUCUAACCCUUCAUUGUUUACAGCUUCACACCCAUCACACAGACAGGUUCACAUUUCCGGUUGUUUUUAACUAUUUAAUGUCAAGACAUCAAAGUGUGUGUGUGUGUGUUUACCUGGCGCCUAAUGAUAUUGAGCAUGACCACCUGCUUCAGUCUCCCAAAGAUUAAACCCCGAUCAAAGAGUCUUCCUGGUCAGCACCCUGACGAUAGGCAGAAAAACACAGUGGCUGAAGGGCAUCACGGAGUGUAAUCUCAGUCCUGACCUGGCUCACACCAGCAUUUGCCUCGCUCAACUUUACCUGCUGAUGUCCAGUUUUAAGCACUGCUGCUCCCUCAAUCGACGCAAGUAUAGAUUAGAUGUGAGAAAUGAUCCCUGGAGAUUAUCAGGGCGAAGCGCACUAGUUUACUUUCAACAACACGCUGCAGCUACGAGGACGCCCAAACACGAGAAAGCAUCACACUCGAGCCGACGCAUUUGAAAAUGACAAAAAAAGGGAAAUGUUAAUGAAAAAAUCUGGACUCACGAUGGACGCCGAGGGUUAGUCUUUUAAAACCAUGACCAAAAAUGAGUUUUGCUUUGUUGCUGUGUUGGUGUCUUCAGCCCCCGCGACCCCCUACUGCCCAAUUCAGCUGGCUUUGUGCAUUAUCGAUAUCUUAGAACAAAAAAAAAAAUAGUCCUGAAUUAAUAAAUAAAGGCUUUAAAGUGUUUGUAAGACAGUAUUUUGAUACACAAAUAAAGUUGUUUAGUAUUUUUCUGUCAAUCAAACUUGUGU